UCCUGUUCAUUCACCUCCAACCAUCAACAGGGGUCAUACCUAUCACUUACAGCGAGGGCAACACAAUCAUUUCCACAAUCAUUUUCAGGACUCUAAAUACAUCUCGGAUUAACUUCCAUUGCGAGAUCACAUUUUUUGUAUUUUAUCAUGGACAUUUUAUUAUAACAUUUGAAUAUUUCAAACUACUUUAUUAUUUUUAAAAUUCGCUGCAGAGAGUUUCAAAUACAUCAUUUUUUGAUUAGCAAUUUAUCAAUUGUGCACCUGGUAAUUUAGGAGAUGGUGUCUAGGUUGCAGAUAUUGCUCUUGUUGUGGUGUGCGGUCGCUCUCACUUGGGCACAAGAUGCAUUCAGCGACGUAAUGGAUAAUGGAAUAAAAGAGGAACUAGAACAGACCGACGGACCACUGCUAGAUGAUGAGAUGGACAACCAGGAGAACGUUUUAACUCAGCUGCUGGGAGAUUAUGACAAAGUGAAAACUCUGUCGGAAGGCUCAGACUGUCGCUGUAAAUGUGUUGUCAGACCGCUGAGCAGAAGUGCCUGCCGGCGGAUAGAGGAGGGCGUCGCUAAGGCCGAAGACUUUUACACAGUGGAGACCCAAUCGGGGCCCAGUUGUAAAAAGUGUGCCUGUAUAGCCCCGCCCUCUGCUCUGAAUCCCUGCGAGGGAGAUUACAGGUUCAAGAAGCUGCAGGAGGCGGGGAAAGAUGACAUCAAGCUCUCAACAGUAAUGGAGUUACUGGAGGGAGCGUUUUACGGGAUGGAUCUAUUAAAGUUACACUCAGUUACAACCAAACUCCUCAACCGGGUUGACAAUAUAGAAAAGACCUUUUCUUGUAACCACACAGAGAAGGAUAAAGUGAGUAUGAGGAGCCCCUCUAGUGAGGAAAAGGAGAGAGAGAAGGAGAGAAGAGCCCAGCAGUGGAUGGAAAAGAGAAAACGUCUGACUGAGCUGGAGCCGUCCCUGCAGAAGGAUACAGCUGCAGCUUAUGCUAACACAGAGAAGAAGUAUGAGGAACGCUACAUUGGGGCCAAGGGCCAGGAGAUCACCAGGCCCAUGCUGAAGAGGAGCCAGCAGCAAAACAGGGAGGAGCCCCAGAGGCCCCUGAAAGGCAAGGUGGGACUCAACGGCAUGGUCAUCAGAGGAGUGACUUUCUACAAGGCCAACACGGUGGACGAUGGAGCCGCUGAGGAGCUCACAGCAGACGAAGCCCUGAGCGGUGAUGGUUCCAUGGACCUGCUCAUCGAUGACCAGCUCCUGAGACCCACCCAGCCCAGACCUGUAGCAGGCACCCUGACACCAACAUCGCAAGACAGGAAGUGGAACCCAGACAACCAGGCCACUCGUGCCUCCAAAACAGCCCCUAGUCCCCAAGGGAAUCCCACCGCAUCUGCCCCUAGAGCUACCGAGACACCAUCAACCACUGUCUUCAUCCCGACCACAACCAUUCCAACCACAACUACGACCGCAGCAACCACCACUACUGCAAAGGUUGCGACAAGCGCAAACACCACUCAACCAGUGGCCACUAGGAAACCUGAAACCUUGUCUGUUUUGACCACGUCUCUAACCGCUGCAGUGCGACAGGUCAACAGCACCACAGCCCCACCCAGCAAGGUGACUGGUGCACCCAAACCCAAGCAUCACAUCAGCUGGACAGAGAGCCCCUCAGAGGUCCCCUCGGCGAUCCCUAAAGUCCCUGGCAUGUGCAAAGACACUCUGGCCUCCAUCUCGGACCCAGUGACCCAUAACACCUACGGCCGGAAGGAAGGGGCCUGGAUGAAGGACCCAAAAGGCAACGGAAAUGUCAUAUAUGUCACCAACUACUACUACGGUAACCACCUACUGGAAUUCCACGACAUGGACAACUUCAAACAAGGACACUUCAUCAAUUCCUACAAGCUACCGUACAACUGGAUCGGCACAGGCCACGUGGUGUACAACGGAGCUUUCUACUACAAUCGCGCCUUCUCCCGUGACAUCAUCAAGUUCGACCUGCAUCUGCUCUACGUGGCGGCCUGGACGACGCUGCACGACGCAGUGUUAGAGGAGGAGGACGCCUCCUGGAGGUGGCGAGGACACACGGAUAUUGACUUUGCGGUGGAUGAGAGCGGCCUGUGGUUAGUGUACCCUGCUCUGGAUGAGGAGGGGUUCCAUCAGGAAGUAAUCAUCCUAAGCCGUGUGAACCCGACCGACCUCAGCCUCCAGAGUACGUUCAGAACGGGCCUGAGGAGACACUUCUACGGAAACUCCUUUGUCAUUUGUGGUGUCCUGUAUGCGGUGGACAACUACGAACGCACCCACGCCAAUAUAUCCUACGCCUUCGAUACGCAUACACACACCCAGAUGAUCCCCAGAAUACCUUUCACAAACAACUACACAUACACGACGCAAAUCGACUACAACCCCAAGGACAAAAAGCUGUACGCAUGGGACAACGGUCACCAGGUGACCUACAAUGUUAUAUUUGCAUAUUAAAAAGCAGACGAGUAGUGAUCCAUAUAAUAAAGGGACGAGCACUUUUUUUGUAUUAAAGAUCCUAAAUAUAUACACUACCAUUCAAAAGUUUAAGAACACCUACUCAUUCAAGGGUUUUUCUUCAUUUGUACUAUUU